AUGUCCAAUGAUGAGGAUUUGAUAUCUUCGCUAUAUCCACCACCGCCGCCAUUUGUGAAAUUCUUUACACCGGAGAAUCUAACAAAAUUACAAGCAUGGAAAGACCAACAAGAACAAGAAAAACAACAAGAACUUCAAGAAUCUUUGGCAUCUCAGGGUGAGGAAAACGACUCAGCUCUACCGCCAGGGGAAUUGCAAUUCUUGAUUCCUCCUUCAAAACCAUCUGGCUCGCAAUAUCGCGGGUAUGGUAAUAUCUGGUCAUUCGAGGACGCAUUCCCGUCAUUAAAAGAUACACAGUGGCCACAACUAUAUGAUAGCCUGAACUUGGAUUCGCGAGGCAAGAUAGCCGAAUUGCACAAGAUUAUGGACUCUUUGUUGCUUAAUUUUUUGGAGUUGGUUGGUGUCCUAAGUGUUGACCCGCUGCAGUUUGAAAAUAAAGUUAAGGAUAUGAGUGCUUUAUUGAUCAAUUUCAAUCAUUUGUUAAAUACAUACAGACCACAUCAGAGUCGUGAGAGUUUGAUAAUGAUGUUGAAAAACAAAAUUAAUGACAAGAAUCUGGAAAUUCAAGAGAUUGAUCGAGUGUGCGAGGAUGUAAAGAGAAAGAUUAGAGCAUUGGUCCAAGAUGCACAAGAAUUGGUUUCCAUCGACCCCGGGGUAGAGGAAGAAGAUGAACAGGACGAUAAUGUAGAGAUUAACAAGAAUGUUAAAUUAUAG